AAUUAAAAUAAAUCGACGGUGGCGCUCCUUAUGGCCGAACUAUCAAUUAAAAUUCAUGAAAUUUCACUUAUUUUGUUAUUGUACUAAAACUAAAAGUUCAAUGAAGUUAAUUAUAUAAUAAUAACAAUUGUUCAUACAUUUCAGAUAAAGUGAACAUUAAUUUCACAUCAUGUUUUCUUAUCAUAACCAACCACCCCGUCAUGCGCACCUGCUUCAAAACAGGAUUGUUUUGGUUCAUAAAAAUAAAUUUGAUAACAUGCCUGGUUUUUUACCUUUAAACCCGGGAACUGAAACAUAGAGUGGCACUUGUAUUUAUAAAUUGUGACCGGGAUUAAGUGUGUGCCAAAAUCGGGCUAAACAGUGGCACGAUGAAUCGGAGCAAUACAGAAGCUUAUUUGCGAUUAGUUUCAGAUAUUUUAAGUGUUAUAACAAUAUCGACAUGUUUUAUAUUGAAAGUGCCGCAAAUUUGGAAUAUUUUAUCACUGAAAAAUGCACGGGGAAUCAGCCUCAUCGGUCUAAUGAUGGAAUUGACCAGCUACACAAUAAUGAUGUCAUACAACUAUAGAAAUCAUUAUGCCCUGCUCUCAUAUAUGGAAUAUCCAAUAAUUUUGGUACAAGAAUUGAUAUUAAUUUUCUUUGUGCUCCACUACAAAAGACAAAUAAACAUAAUAAGCCUCAUUGGUAUGGGAACGUACUUUUCAUUUGCCGGUGGUUUAUUAUUUGGAAUUGUGCCAAUGGGCAUUUUGGCCUUCCUUGUGCCUUUAUGUACACCCAUUGGGGCAUCUUCCAAAGUGGUACAACUGGUUGAAAUCCUCAGAACUAAGAAUUCAGAUUCAGUGAGCGUCCUAACUUGGUUUAUUUCAGCUUUUACCAAUUUUACUCGAGUAUUCACAAUAAUGGUUGAAUCUGCAGAUUUAACUCUGUUGUUGAAUUUCACAGUGAAUACAGCUUUGAGUACAUCAGUAAUGAUGGCAGCAUAUUUCUACAAAUCAGGCAGAGUGAAAAAAGAAUGAGAUUAAUUCUAGGAAAUUAUUAAAUAGGCUCAAAAUUACAUUUUGGUAUUAUGAUUUUAAUGCAUAUGAACACAAAUUUACAAAAUGAACAAAUAUUUUAGCCUAUGAAUUAAUUUAUAUAAUCUUAUAGAAGAUUGUAUUUUUAUAUUUAUUUUAUAUUUUAUUUUGAAUAAAUGAAAUGCUCAUUUUGGA